AAGGAGAGGCUCGAUCUCAUCUCCCCACCCAAAUCAGAGUAAACCCUAAUUGUCUGUACCUUUCUCUCUCUCUCUCUCUCUCUCUCUCUUGAAGGGGAUCUUUGCUUUACUUACUUUCUCGUGAAUCUCUCUCUCUCUCUCUGUAUCUCUGUGGAUUCGUGGAAGAGAGACGACAUAGAUCCGGUAUGGCGAGUGAUAACACGGGCGCGAAAUCGAGCUCAUCCUCUGCGGAUUCAUACGUAGGGAGCUUGAUUAGUUUGACUUCGAAGAGCGAGAUCAGAUACGAAGGCAUCCUUUACAACAUCAAUACCGAUGAAUCCAGUAUCGGUCUUCAAAACGUCCGAUCGUUUGGAACUGAGGGAAGGAAAAAAGAUGGUCCUCAGGUUCCUCCCAGUGACAAAGUUUAUGAGUACAUAUUGUUCCGUGGUACUGAUAUCAAGGAUUUGCAAGUCAAAGCUUCGCCUCCAGCUCAGCCUCCAGCCCCACCUACUCUUAACAAUGACCCUGCUAUCAUUCAGUCUCACUACCCUAGCCCCAUCCCAACAUCGAGUAGCCUGCCUCCUACCGUGAGCAGUUCACUGUCUGACAUUAGUUCUCAUAACGUCCAACCUGGGCAGCCUGGGAUGGGAUUCCAAAACUCGAUGCCUUUGUAUCAGCCUGGUGGAAAUCUUGCUCCUUGGGGAGCCUCACCUCAACAACCACCUAUGUAUUGGCCAGGAUACUACAACCCACCUCCCAAUGGCCUUCCCCAAUUGCAUCAACAGUCUUUGAUUCGCCCUCCUCAUGGGCUCCCUAUGCCCGGUUCCCUGCCGCAACCUAUUCCAUAUCCUAACUUUAAUGCCCCUCCACCUACUGCUGGCUCAUCAAAUAUGCAGGGUUCAAGCUUGCCGGAACCACCCUCCUCACUGUUUCCUUAUAGUAGCAGUUCUCAAACUCUAGCACCCAGUUCCUUGCCUUUUACUGGUCUACCUAUGACACUGUCUUCAGGCCUGCAAUCAACACUGCAGUCAGCACCAUCUCCCUCCCUAGCUUCAGAGAUGGCACCUCCUUUGUUUUCGAACAAAGCUCCUAUUACUGUACCUCCUACCCUACCUCAGGAUACUAACUUGCUUCCCUUUUCUCUACCAAGUACUAGAGCCACUGAUACAAGUGCUGCUGGCUUUCCACUGUCUAACAAGUCUGGUGUAGUUACUGAUCCUAUUUCUGUGCCACAGACAACACCAUUAGCAUCUGCUUCUGAUUCUGGAGUUUCUAGUUCGAUUAGCCAAGAUAAGCCAAAACCUUUGCUGGUUACUCCUGGCCAACUACUGCAGUCCGGAUCUGCUUCUGUCUCUUUGUCCCCACCCUCGAACAACGCAGAUAAAGAUGCUGAGGUGGUUCAAGUAUCAUCAUCAGCUGCCUUGGAACAAUCUGUUCCAGUCCCAUCUGAAGCUCAACCUCCAAUACUGCCAU